AAAUUUUCAUUAGACUGUCUCGAAAAGCCAGGGGUCCGGGGGGCGCAGGCCCCUGGUUAGUUACAAAUUGCAAUUAUAUUAUUGUUAUUUAAAUCCCUGUGUGAUAUUUAAUUAUAAAUCUAUUUCGAAAGCUUAAAGUAUUUCUAUGUAAUCUAGACGGUAACUCUUGUAACAAAGCAGGUCAAAAUCCAAUAAGUCAAUAAGAUCAAAGAUUAAUUUAUUGAAAGAUUAGUAUACUAGGAUAUAUACAGAAAUUGCGAAUAUGAAGCAGGGUUAUAUAGACAAAAAUAUAUUUGAGAAUAUUAUUGUGGAGUUUAUAUCGAAAUUCGAGAACCUCAGACCGUUGACUUGUGAACUCCGAUAUAUUCUUCUCUCAACCAGGGAUGGAGUGGUUUUUACCAGCACAUUUCAAGAUUAUAAUAUAAUGUACAAUAAGAUGAUUACAGUAUUCAAUAAGGCGAUCGGCUGUUUAGGGGAGGAGGAAUAGGCAAUUGUAUAGACGAGACAAGGAUCAGAGAGUUAUGAUUGUGCAAUGUAUUACUAGGGGUUGUUUUUUCUCUUCUAUUUGCUACACCAAGUAGAGCAAAAAUUGUAUAAUACAAUGAUACCAUGGAUAUUAAUCCGAUACGCGACUUAUUGUAUAAUAUAUGAAUUGCUUCUUAUAAAGGCGUUACGCCUCAUGUCUGCUUUCGAUGAUAACCUCUCUAUUUUCUUUGAUGGUAUUCCUUCUAUGUAU